UCACAGCUGUUCAACCCUUCAGAACCCCUUCCAGCGUUCACACACGGCCCCCUCCGCCUCUCGUUUUCCGGCCAAAAUGAGCCUCCAAUAUCCCCCCGGGAACGCCGAAAAUGAUCCGAAGACCAAGGAAGGGGGCAGCAAGAAGCCCAAAAACGUCCCCUUCAUGAAGCUCUUUGCAUUUGCCGACACCUACGAUUAUUUUCUCAUGUUUCUGGGAUCCGUCGGCGCUUGUAUUCACGGCGCUUCGGUGCCGGUGUUCUUCAUUUUCUUCGGCAAGCUAAUAAACGUCAUUGGCAUGGCUUAUCUCUUUCCUGGACAAGCUGCUCACAGAGUCUCCAAGUACUCGUUGGAUUUCGUAUAUCUCAGUGUGGCUAUAUUAUUUUCAUCAUGGACAGAGGUGGGUUGCUGGAUGCACACCGGCGAACGACAAGCUGCAAAGAUGAGGAUGGCAUACCUGAAGUCCAUGUUAAAUCAGGACAUCAGCCUUUUCGACACCGAAGCUUCCACCGGAGAGGUGAUCGCUGCAAUUACCGGUGACAUUAUCGUGGUUCAAGAUGCCAUUUCAGAGAAGGUGGGGAACUUCAUGCACUACGUCAGCAGGUUCAUAGCAGGCUUCGCUAUUGGGUUCGUUAGGGUUUGGCAGAUCAGUCUGGUCACCCUCUCUAUUGUGCCCUUAAUUGCCGUAGCCGGCGGCGUCUACGCCUAUGUCGCCACUGGUCUCAUUGUCAGAGUCCGCAAAUCUUAUGUCAUGGCUGGUGAAAUUGCCCAAGAGGUGAUUGGGAAUGUAAGAACUGUUCAAGCAUUUGCAGGAGAGGAAAGGGCAGUGAGGUCAUACAGAGCAGCCCUCUUGAACACUUACAAGUAUGGCAGGAAAGCAGGUCUAGCCAAAGGUCUUGGACUGGGCACCUUGCACUGUGUUCUUUUCCUUUCGUGGUCUUUGCUUGUUUGGUUCACCAGCAUCGUUGUCCACAAGCACAUUGCCAAUGGAGGAGAAUCCUUCACUACCAUGCUCAAUGUUGUCAUAGCUGGCCUGUCACUUGGACAGGCUGCACCAGACAUCUCUGCAUUUGUCCGUGCAAAGGCGGCAGCUUAUCCCAUAUUUGAGAUGAUAGAGAGAAACACCAUAAGCAAAACCAGCUCGACAACUGGCAGGAAACUGGAAAAACUCGAAGGCCAUAUCCAAUUCAUGAAUGUGCGUUUUAGCUAUCCAUCGCGUCCUGAUGUUACAGUAUUCGAUCAUCUGUGUCUCGACAUACCUUCUGGAAAGAUUGUAGCCCUUGUGGGAGGAAGCGGCUCUGGAAAGAGCACAGUUAUAUCCUUGAUUGAGCGCUUCUAUGAACCGCUAUCUGGUCAAAUACUAAUAGAUGGAGCUGAUGCUCGGGAGCUUGACCUCAAGUGGCUGAGACAACAGAUUGGGUUGGUUAGUCAAGAGCCUGCACUGUUUGCUACAACCAUCCGAGAAAACAUACUCUAUGGGAAAGACGAUGCCACUGUCGAAGAGAUUACGCGCGCUGCAAAACUUUCAGAGGCGAUCACUUUCAUCAACUGCCUUCCUGAUAGAUUUGAAACCCAGGUGGGUGAAAGGGGAAUACAGCUAUCUGGUGGACAGAAGCAGAGAAUUGCAAUAUCACGGGCAAUAGUUAAGAAUCCUUCGAUUCUUCUGCUGGAUGAAGCUACAAGUGCACUUGAUGCAGAGUCCGAGAAGAGUGUGCAGGAGGCACUUGAUCGCGUGAUGGUGGGAAGAACAACUGUGGUUGUGGCGCAUCGCCUUUCUACCAUUAGAAAUGCAGAUGUAAUAGCUGUUGUCCAAAAUGGGAAGAUAGUUGAAACCGGGAGUCAUGAUGAGCUCAUCACAAGGCCAAAUAGCACCUAUGCAUCGCUUGUUCAACUCCAAGAAACAGCUUCAUUGCAUCUUGGACCUACCGCGGGACGGCAACUCAGCUUUAAGUAUUCUCGUGAAUUGUCCCGCACAGCAAGCCACAGUGCAAGUUUUCAUUCUGAUAAAGUAUCCGUUGGUCGAAUUGGAGCUGACGGGGCCGAGACUGCUAAGCCAUACGUAUCUAGCCGAAGAUUGUAUUCCAUGGUCAGGCCUGACUGGAUCUAUGGGGUUUCUGGAACAAUUUGUGCACUUAUCGCCGGUGCCCAGUUUCCUCUUUUUGCUGUUGGUUUUACUCAGGCUCUUGUAUCAUAUUACAUGGACUGGGAAACAACGUGUCGCGAAGUCAAGAAGAUAGCUUUCCUUUUCUGUUGCGCCUCCGUUAUCUGUGUCAUUGUUCAUGCCGUCACUCAUCUCUCUUUUGGAAUAAUGGGCGAGCGGCUCACUCUUCGCGUACGAGAAAUGAUGUUUUAUGCCAUUCUGAGAAACGAGAUUGGAUGGUUUGAUGACAUGAACAACACGAGCUCCAUGCUUGCGUCGCGUCUAGAGUGUGACGCCACUUUGUUGAAAACUAUAGUUGUCGAUCGCGCUACAAUUCUGCUGCAGAAUGUCGGUUUGGUUGUUACUUCUUUCAUCAUCUCCUUCAUCUUGAACUGGAGGCUCACACUUGUUGUCAUCGCCACAUAUCCGUUGAUCAUCAGUGGCCACAUUAGUGAGAAAAUAUUCAUGAAAGGCUACGGCGGCGACUUGAGUAAGGCAUAUCUAAAAGCUAACAUGUUAGCCGGUGAGGCUGUGAGUAACAUCCGCACGGUGGCUGCAUUCUGCUCCGAAGAAAAGGUCCUCAACCUUUAUGCCGGAGAGCUAGUUGAGCCCUCCAGGCGUUCAUUCACUCGUGGUCAAAUUGCUGGCAUAUUCUAUGGAGUGUCUCAGUUCUUCAUCUUCUCAUCCUAUGGUUUGGCUCUAUGGUAUGGCUCUGUUUUGAUGGGGAAGGGGCUUUCUGGCUUUAAAUCUGUCAUGAAAACAUUCAUGGUUCUGAUCGUGACGGCAUUGGCCAUGGGCGAGACUUUGGCAAUGGCACCGGACCUUCUAAAAGGGAACCAAAUGGCGGCAUCAGUGUUUGAGGUACUUGACAGGAAAACACAGGUUACGGGCGAUGUUGGGGAGGAGCUAACGAGAGUGGAGGGCAUAAUUGAGUUGACAGAUGUUGAUUUUAGCUAUCCUUCCAGGCCUGAUGUUCUAAUCUUCAAGGACUUUGAUCUAAAAGUGCAGGCAGGCAAGAGCAUGGCUCUUGUGGGGCAGAGUGGCUCUGGAAAGAGCUCGGUGCUCUCUCUUAUACUGCGAUUCUACGACCCAACAGCCGGGAAAGUGAUGAUUGACGGGAAAGAUGUGAAGAAACUGAAGCUAAAAUCUCUGAGGAAGCACAUUGGCCUAGUCCAACAAGAGCCAGCUCUGUUUGCCACUUCAAUCUACGAAAACAUACUAUAUGGGAAAGAAGGAGCUUCAGAAGGGGAAGUGAUUGAAGCAGCCAAGCUAGCGAACGCUCAUAGCUUCAUCAGCGCACUGCCUGAGGGAUACUCGACGAAAGUUGGAGAGCGAGGCGUGCAGUUGUCUGGUGGCCAGAAGCAAAGGGUUGCCAUAGCCCGGGCUAUACUGAAAAACCCGGCAAUCCUGCUGCUCGAUGAAGCCACCAGCGCGCUGGACGUGGAGUCAGAGCGGGUGGUGCAGCAAGCACUGGACCGGUUGAUGAAGAGCCGAACCACGGUGAUGGUGGCACACAGGCUUUCCACCAUUAAAAAUGCAGACCAGAUAUCGGUUUUGCAGGAUGGGAGGAUAGUAGAGCGAGGAACUCAUUCAACUCUUGUAGAGAACCAGAAUGGUGCAUACUUUAAAUUGAUUAACUUACAGCAACAGCAGCAGCAAUAGUGACAAAACUAAAACAAAGAAGAGGGAGAGCGGUUGCUAUAUACAACACUGUUUCUUCUUUAUAUUUCUAAUUGGUUUUCAUCAAA